UUCCACCUCACGAGGGACCGCAGGGGACACUAAGAGGCGUCCCGGCCAAUCUAGUGCCGUACGAGUGUCCCGUGACUUUCGGGAAGGGCUGCGGAACGCGCGGAGCGCGUGGUCACGUGAUACGUUCACUGCGUCGGAUUGGCUGGGCUGGCUCGUCGCGUCCGCUGUGGUCCAUCGUAAGGCGAAAACGGAGUUGUAAUCCCGAGGCGACAGCCGACGAGAGCGGUAAACGCCUCGGCGCCUUCGGUUCGGCGACAGCAUCGAAUCCCAGCGACGGAGGAGCGCACAGGGCGCACUGGAGCGCGGCUCGGCGUUCGGUGUCUCCACCUGGCGGCGAGUCCCGGCGGCCGCAGCGCUCUCGCCGGCGGCCUCAGUCGAGAGGAAGAUGGCUGGCCGUCUGCUCCUGCACCUCCUUCUGCUCUUGCUCUUCUCUGGAUGCCGAGACGCGAAGAAAGCCAAGCCAGCCUCGCAGGUCGAUUCGGAUCUCAUCGAAGACGUCAGCGGCAAGAAGCUCGAGAGCCUUCUCGAGACCGAGGAAUACCUCGCCGUCUUUUUCUACACGAAGAUAUGCAAGAACUGCGAUGCCAUCCUGGCGGAGCUGGAGCACAUCAACGACGAAGCGGAGAAGUUCGGUGUGGCCUUCGUCAAGAACAGCGAUCGACCGACGGCCAAAAAGUUCGGCAUCACAAAGUUUCCCGCGCUAGCCUACUUCAGGAACCAAGAACCCACACUCUAUGACGGCGACCUGAUGGACGAAGAAAAGGUACUCGACUGGCUCACGAACCUGGAGGCGAUGGAGCUGGCCGACCGCAUUGAGGAGGUCAACGGAAAGAUUCUCGACAGCCUCAUCAAGGAGAGCCAGUACCUGGCCGUCCUUUUCUACAAGAGGAAACACAAGGAGUCCGAAGCCGUCCUCCAGGAGCUCGAGAACAUCGACGACGAGGCUGACGCUCUGGGCAUCGGUUUCGUCAAAAUCUCUGAGACGGAGGUCGCCGAGGAGUUCGGACUGGACCAGUUUCCAGCGCUAGUUUACUACCGAAAGACCAUUCCCCUCCUCUAUGACGGCGACCUGAAAAACGAAGAGGACGUGCUCAAAUGGCUUCAAGAGUUUAUGGACACCGGGGAGGACGCCGACGUUAUCGAAGAGGUUUCUGCGGACGACAUGACCGCCCUGAUUGAAAAGACGGAAAUUCUGGCGGUCUUUGUUUAUGACGAGAGCGACGAGAAGAGCAAGAAGAUUUUGGAAGAGCUGGAGGCAAUCGAUGACGACGCGGAUCAGCACGGAAUUCCUUUCGUCAAGACAGACGACAUCGAAUUCGCGAAAAAGUACGGCUGGGAGAAACUGCCCCUUCUAAUCUACUUCGAGAACACCGUGCCUACCUUGUUCGAAGGAGACCUGAGCAACGAGGACAAGGUGCUCAGCUGGCUGGUGGAGCAGAAAAUGAAGGACGAGAUCGAGGACGUUUCCGAGGACGUGCUGGACGAACUGGUCGAGAAGGCUGACUAUCUUGCGGUACUUUUUUACCGCAAGGGCGACGCGAAAUGCGAGAAGGUGCUCAAGGAACUGGAAAAUAUUGACGACGAGCUGGACACGCACGACAUUCCAUUCGUGAAGAUCGACGACGAAGACGUCAUCAAGGAGUAUGGCAUCGACGCUGUGCCACAACUUGUCUACUUCGAGGAUUCCAUUCCCAACUUUUACUCUGGAGACUUAAUGAAAGAAGAGCAAGUCCUCGAGUGGCUUGUAAAGCAAAAAGAAUCAGACGAGAUUGAAGAUGUCACUCCCGAAGUCCUGGAGUCUCUCAUCAAGAAGUCAAACUAUUUGGCUGUAUUAUUCUAUGACAAGGACGACGCAAGGUCAAAAGAAGUGCUCCGCGAAUUGGAGAAUAUUGAUGACGACGCAGAUCAACACGACCUGCCUUUUAUUAAGAUUGACGACGAUGAAGUCGCGAAGAGCUACGGCAUUGAUGACGAGCUGCCUUUGUUAGUCUAUUUCGAGAAAGAAAUCCCCAACAUUUAUGAAGGCGACUUGACUAAAGAAGAGGAGGUGAUUGAGUGGUUGCUGCACCAGAUGAAAUCGGAUGACAUUGAGGAAGUAAGCGACAAGAUCCUGGAUUCCCUCAUCGAAAAACACCCGCACGUCGCCGUUCUCUUUUAUAAGGAAAAUGACAAGAAAUCCGAUAAAAUUCUUCUUGAAUUAGAAAACAUUGACGAUGAAGCUGAUGACCACGAGAUUGUGUUUCUCAAGACCAAUGACCCAGAAGCUGCCAAGAAGCACGGCAUUGAGACCUUCCCGCGGCUAGUCUUUUAUGAUAACGAAAUUCCCAAUUUAUACGAUGGAGACCUCAUGGAUGAAGAUAAGGUUCUUGCUUGGUUCAUCAAGCAGAAAGAAUCUGAAGAAAUAGAAGAGAUUACAGAACAGAUGCUGUUCGAUCUCGUGGAUGAGAACCCUUUCCUGGUUGUCUUGUUUUAUGACAAGGACGACAAGGCAAGUGCUGAAGUCUUGGCAGAACUUGAAAACAUUGAUGACGAUUUGGAUAAACACCAAGUUCCCUUCGUGAAGAUUGACGACGACAGUGUUGCUAAAGAUUUUGGCAUACUCGAUGAGCUGCCUGCACUUGUGUACUUUGAGGAUAAAAUACCAAAUGUUUAUGAAGGAAAUCUGAAAAAUGAAGAGGAGGUACUGAAAUGGAUACUACACCAGAAGGCAGAGGACACCAUUGAAGAAGUGACUGAAGAAAUUUUGGAAAUGCUUUUUCGUACAAAGGAGUACGUUCUGGUAUUUUUUGCCCCUGACAACUGCAAGGAGUGUCCAAAAAUCCUGGCGGAACUGGAACACAUUGACGACGAGUCUGAUGACCACGGAAUCAUCAUUGUCACAACAGAUGACACAAAGCUAGCCAAAAAGCAAGCAGGAGUUACUCGUCUCCCUGCUAUUGUCCUCUUUCGCAAUGGUCAGCCUGUACACUACAAAGGCGACCUAAUGGAUGAAGAUGCGAUUUUGAAGUGGAUGACCAGCGAAGAGGUUCUUGAUAUACCUGACCAGAUUGAGCGAGUCAACCAGAAGAUGCUGGAAAAAUUGCUCAGCACCAGUGAUUACGUCGCUGUUCUUUUCACAAAAGACAAGUGUGCAGAAUGCGAUAAAGUUCUUGCGGAGCUUGAGAACAUCGACGACGAAGCAGAAGAAAUGGACAUCGAUUUUGUCAAGGUCACUGACCCAAAAAUUGCGAAGUCUUAUGAGAUUGUGUCCCUGCCGGCAUUGGUGUUCUUCAAGAAAAAAUUCCCCCAGUUUUAUGAUGGAAACCUGAAAGACGAAGACCAGGUACUCAAGUGGCUGACAGAGAGCAAAGAAAGAGCCAACGACGAGAUUGAACUCGUAGAUCGCAGGAUGCUGGAAAUGCUCUUGGAGGAUAUGCAAAACGUUGCUGUGUUUUUCUUCGACGACAACUGCCCAGAGUGCGACAAAGUUUUGGAAGAACUCGAGAACAUAGAUGACGACACUGAUAAGCAUGGCAUAUACUUUGUAAGGAUAGACGAUGAUGCCUAUGCAAAGGAACUUGGCGUAUCUGAGUUUCCAUCUCUUGUAUAUUUUGAAAAUGGCACACCAAGUAUUUAUAUGGGUGAUCUCACAAAGGAGGAGAAAGUACUAGACUGGCUGAUUCAACAAAAAAAUGAAGAUACAAUUGAGAACAUCAACAGAGAAAUGCUAAACAAAAUGAUAAUUGAAACAGAUUACCUCGCCGUAUUUUUUUAUCUUGACGAUGACGACGAAAGCCAGGAAAUCCUCUUGCACCUAGAGAACAUUGACGAUGAUUGCAGCGACUACGAAGUUCACUUGGUCAAAAUGCAAGACAACCUGAUGGCCAAAAAAUAUGGAUUUAGAAAUCCUCCUGGCAUUGCAUACUUCAGACAUGGCAAACAUAUCAAGUACACAGGUGAUCUCUUCGAUGAGGAAGAGGUGUUGGAGUGGCUCACCAAUCCAGAAAACAUGGAGAUGGACGACGCUAUAGAAAGAGUGAACAAGAGAAUGUUCGAGAGGAUUCUUGCAAAAUCGGAAUACUUGACAGUCUUCUUCUACAGUAAAUCAGGAUGCAAGCAAUGCAUUAAGGUUUUGGAGGAACUAGAAAAGAUUGAUGAUGAUGCUGACGCCCACGGAAUUAACAUGGUAAAAAUUGACGACACUGCUCUUGCCAAAAAGUAUGGUGUCUUUGCCAUCCCGGCCAUUUUGUUCUUCAAUAACGAAGACAAAGAACCCGUCAUCUAUGCCGGUGACUUUAAAAGUGGAGAUCAUAUCCUUGAGUGGAUCCUCCUGCAGAAAAAUCCCGGAAGCGAAAUAAUCGAGGAAGUGGAAGGGGACGCUCUCAAGAAGCUCAUCAAGGCCGCACACUAUCUGGCAGUGCUUUUCUAUACAGAGGGCCCAGAAUGCGAAGAUUGCAAAAACAUCCUAAAUGAGCUAGAGAACAUAGACGACGAUACCGACCGUCACGGAAUACAGUUUGUGAAGACCACAGAUGUCGCCAUGGCCCAAGAUUAUGGAGUGAAAGACUUUCCAGCCCUGGUUUACUUCGAAAAACAGAUUCCAAACUUUUAUGAUGGUGACCUGAGUGCGGAAGAAGAGGUACUCCAGUGGCUUGUGGUACAAAAAACCGAAGACACAAUAGAAACGGUAAAUCGAGAUAUGCUGGACCACCUCAUUGAAGAGACACAAUACCUGGCAGUAUUCUUUUAUAAGCCCCACUGCAAAGCAUGUGAUCAAGCCCUCCACGAACUGGAAAACAUAGAUGACGAUACAGACCUCUACGGAAUCCACAUGGUGAAGAUCCAGGACCCAACCCUUGCCAAGCGUUAUGGCAUCAAGACAUUCCCCGCACUAGUCUACUUCAGGAACGCCAAUCCACUCAUCUUCGACGGUGACAUAAAGAAUGAGGAGUCGGUGCUCGAGUGGCUCAUUGACGAUGACAACAGGGAGCUGGCAGAUGAAAUCGAGGCCGUCAAUGUACGAAUGCUCGACAAGCUUGUGGAGGAUUCUCCCUUUCUCGCUGUUCUCUUCUAUGAAGAGGAAUGUGAAGAUUGCGAAAAAGCCCUCAAAGAGCUUGAAAAUAUAGACGACGAGGCUGAUGUGUUUGGGAUCGACUUUGUCAAGAUCAACGAUUUCGAAGCUGCAGUGCAGUAUGGUGUGACUACAUUCCCUACACUUGUCUACUUCCGGAAAAAGACGCCAGUCAUAUAUGAUGGGGACCUCCUUAACGAAGAAAAGGUCUUGGCAUGGCUAACGAGUCACGAGAAUAUAGAGUUGAAAGAUGAAAUUGAAGAGGUCAACAGAAAGAUGCUAGACAAACUCCUCGAUGAAAAUGAUUUUGUGGCCGUCUUUUUCUAUGACAGCAACUGUCCGAAAUGCGACAGCGUUUUGGAGGAGCUUGAAAACAUUGACGAUGAGGUGGAUGACCUGGACGUGACCUUUGUCAAAAUAAAUGAUGUUAAAUAUGCAAGAAAAUAUGGUAUUGCUCAGGUCCCAGCUAUUGUGUACUUCAGAAGAAAAUUCCCCUCUAUUUUUAGAGGUGACCUCACCAAGGAAGAGGAAGUCCUCGAAUGGCUAAAGAAGAACCGAUACAGGCACCCUGAACUGAGCCUUUUCAUGUACGCCCUGGUCGCAAUUUCGGCAGCAUUCAUCUUAUACACGCUCUUCCUCAUCUUCUGCAUGAAGACACCCCGUGAGAAGAAAGAGUGAACGCGAGCGUGCGCUUAUGACAGCCAACAGACUUGCCGAGUCCGUGCUCCAACCGGCACGGUCCAGAUCCGCGGAGUCUUUCACAAGAGGAAGCAGCAGGGGAUGGAGUGCAGCAGUUGUUCUUGUUGUGCAGUUCAAACACCCCAUGUCUUUAAACCUAUAAUUGAUGGUUGAAUGAAAAUGUCCAUGGUAUUCGCCUGUACAUAACCCGAAAAAAACCAUCAGUGGUUCAAAACAAUAAAAAAAGCAUGAUUUUCAACUUCUUUUUUUUUUUGCGGACAUGGUAAUACAGGUUGGUUGUGUAAUAAAAAUUUUCCUAAUUAUUCUCCUAAAAA